AUGGGCAGUACAAGCAAGACAAUUGUUUGGUUCAGGAGGGACCUGAGGAUUGAGGAUAACCCAGCCCUGUUUGCUGCGGCGAGGGAUGGGGUUACUCUUCCUAUUUUCAUCUGGUGCCCAAGUGAGGAAGGGAAGUUCUUUCCCGGGCGUUGCUCUAGGUGGUGGUUGAAACAGUCUCUUGCCCACCUUGAUCAGUCUUUGAAAUCUAUUGGGGCACCUCUUUUGUUCAUUAGGGCUGAGAGUACUGUCUCUGCUCUAAUUCAGUGUGUAACUUCCAUUGGGGCCACUAGAGUGGUGUAUAAUCAUCUUUAUG